AUGAUCGGGCUUAAAAAUCAGGAAGUUUGGGGAUUUGAUGAAGAAGGUGGUGGUGAGACCUCACAGAUUCCUGAUCAGGGAAGUCAUUUGCUGAAAGCAAUAUUUCAGGAAAACAAGCCUAGUUUCCAUUUCAAACAACAGACUGAAAAGAGUUUAGGCUGUGGUGGCAAUUCUUGUGUUCCCCUCUUCCCAUUGGCCCUGAGGUCUCAGGACCCUCAGAAGUUUACAUAUCAGGAAGUCCGAGAAGGAGCUGUGGGGCCGGGCUCCGGGACCCUCCGCGGCCUGCCAUGGGCCCGCCGCCGCCGGAAACGCAAGCCCGAAACCCCGAAGAGGCGCAACGCGAGCCCGACCCCCGGCCCCUCACGGCGGGGUCCCUCCUUAGGCACUUCCUCCCAUCCAUAUGGUCAGCGGAGACAUAAAUGGUUAAAGGAGAUCCGAACGCUUCAGAAGAGCACAAACCUCUUGAUAAGGAGGCUACCCUUCGGCCGCCUGGCAAGAGAAAUAUGUUCUAAAUUCACUCGUGGUGUGGACUUCAGUUGGCAAGCCCAGGCCCUGUUGGCCAUACAAGAGGCAGCAGAAGCAUUUCUAGUUCAUCUCUUUGAGGAUGACUAUCUCCUCUCCUUACAUGCUGGCCGAGUUACUCUUUUCCCGAAGGAUGUGCAACUGGCCAGGAGGAUCCGAGGCAUUGAGGAAGGACUUGGCUGAGCUCCCGCACCCAGUGUCUGUCUUUCCUGCUCACCCAGAAAG